AUGGGGGACUAUGGCCUGUUCAAACAGGCUUUGCUGCGGAAGUUUGAACUGACCCUCCAGGCGUACAGGAAACGAACCCGGGGUCUGCACAAGACCCCAGGUGUCACUUACAAGGAGGUCACAAACCUGCUGGGGGAAUAUCUCCGCAAGUGGGGGAAGGUUACAGACACAUGGGGAGGGUUUUGUGUCUCCCCAUCUCACUCCUGUUUGCGUGUGAACGCAGAGCUCCCUGUGCCCAGACCCUCCAUCUCCGUCAGCCCCAGCGGGGUGAUCGCCCCGGGGGGAGCCGUCACCAUCCGCUGUCAGUGUCGGUGCGAGGCCAGGAGGUUAUUUCUGUAUAAAGGUGGAAUCCAAAUCCGGGAGCUGGAUGCUGCUGGGGAAGGGGGUGAAUUCACCAUCCCCAGCGCCAGACGGGAAGAUGGAUGGGUCUACACGUGUCGAUCUCGCUCCAGAUCGGAGCCACCCAACUGGUCGUAUUCCAGUGAUAUUGUACGGAUCAUUGUAGCAGAGCUCAGCUACCCCAAACCCUCCAUCUACCUGAGCCCCAGUCGGGGGGUCGCCCUGGGGGGAGCUGUGACCAUUCAGUGUCAGGUUCGGUACCAGAACGCGAGGUUCCUUCUGUACAAAGAUGGGAACCUGACCACGCUGGAGGACGUGGAGCUGGCUGGGGACGCCGCUGAGUUUCCCAUUCGCAAUGUGAGCUGGAGACACGCAGGGAGCUACAGCUGCUAUUAUUACCGACAUUGGUACCCGUUCAUCUUGUCGCAUCCCAGCGACCCUGUGGAGCUGGUGGUAGCAGGUGAGUUGCCCGGCUCAGUAUCCCCGCUCCCAGCCCCACCCCCAGUCGGACCCUCAGGGGCAGGGGCAUGUGCAAGGGGGACAAACAGGAGUAGGAACCCCCUUGAAUCAAUGGGUGACCCCGUGGAGCUGGUGGUAGCAGCAGCCCCCUCAAGAUGCCCGGAUUUCAUCCAUACCAACAUCGCCCACCUGGUGCUGGGCGCCGUGGUCCUGCUCGUCCUGGAGCUGAUCCUGGCUGAGACCUAUUACAGCUCAGCCCCCUCGGGAUGCCCGGAUUUCAUCCACACCAACAUCGCCCACCUGGUGCUGGGCGCCAUGGUCCUGCUCAUCCUGGAGCUGAUCCUGGCUGAGACCUAUUACAGCUAUUUCGCCUGCAGAUUAGAGAAAAGAUGUGAUGGGCGCAGGAAGAGACGAGACAUCAUCGACUUCCUGCUGCUGGCUGGCCGGGCAGAGUGGGUUGUCGGAACAUCGGAUCCGCCCAACUGGUCAGAUCCCAGUGAUUACGUGUGGAUAGUUGUACCAGAGCUCAUCUUCCGCAAACCCUCCAUCUCCCUGCGCCCCAGCGGGGGGGUUGCCCUGGGGGGAGCCGUGACCAUCCGGUGUCAGGGUCGGCACCAGAACAUGAGGUUCCUUCUGUACAAAGAUGGAAACCCGAAUGCACUGCAGGACAUGGAGCCUGCUGGGGACCUGGCUGAGUUUCCCAUUCGCAACGUGAGCUGGAGAGACGCAGGGAACUACAGCUGCUAUUAUCACCACAAAUUGUACCCGUUCAUCUGGUCACAUCCCAGCGACCCCGUGGAUCUGGUGGUAGCAGGGGGAACUGACCCGACUCAGCCGCCAACUUCCACCCACCCAGGCAGCGCGAGGCUAGGUACCAGGGCAGGAAAUUGCCAUCAACCCCCACCCCCCAUGCCCAAAAACAGCUUUGUGCAGCCUAAGGAGCCGCUACUGGGGGGAGCAGUGAAUGGUUGGAUGGGUGGGAUGGGGGAAGAUCCCCACAGCGAAUGUCCCCUCUGAAAAUCCCGCCUCCUCAUUUCAUAUGCGGGGGGGUGUCACUGGACAGAUGCCAGAUUGGCUUGGUGCGGACAGGACCUGGGAGAGCUUCCCCCCAAUGCAAAGCCCUACCUCAGCCCCCAGAAACCGGGGUGCUGUGCUGCUCACUGGCACCACAAAGUCACUCGUGUGGGGCACAGCUCGGUGCAUAUCCCCCUGGGAGAACAGAGCUGGGGAUGGAGAGCCGGGGAUAAUGAUCUGGUGUAUCCCAUCUGUCUGCCUGAGUCUGCAGAGAGACUGGGGGAACGGCUCAGAAGCAGGGCUCCCCCUUUGCUGGAGUGCUGCCUAGUGGAGCAUUAGCCCUGGAAUCUAUCAAUGCAGAUAGACA